CGCCACCCCGCCGCUUCCGGUCCGCCUCACUGCGCGGGGGAAGCUGCUGUGAGCUCGCGCUGAAAACCGCGUGGAGCCCAGCACCGGGUUCCCCGCUGAGCUGCGUGAAAGCAGCCGGCCGACCUUCCCCACGCACCUCACGCAAGACGACGCCGCCAUCUUGCGCUGACGUCACGCACGUGGCACAGAAACGGAGCUCCAGCCUCUCUUUGGACCUUAAAGGGGCCGGCUCAGCUUUCCCAGAAUCCUCUGCGUUGACGAUGAAUGGCCUGUCUGUCAGUGAGCUGUGUUGCCUGUUCUGCUGCCCUCCAUGCCCAAGCCGUAUCGCUGCUAAGUUGGCCUUCCUGCCCCCUGAGCCCACUUACACCCUCCUGCCCGAUCUGGAAACGGGCCCGGUGUCCACCAGCUCCACCACAGCACCUGGUCUGCGUUCUCGAGGCGGCACUGGAGGUGGAGGAGGUGGUGUUGGAGGAGGAGGAGGUGGUCCUGGUGGUGGUGUAGGAGGAGAGGGGCGCUGGAAGCUCCAUCUCACAGAACGGGCCGAGUUUCAAUAUUCUCAGCGGGAGCUGGACGUCACUGAAGUGUUCCUGACACGCUCGAGUCGAGGGAACCGAGUGGGCUGCAUGUACAUCCGCUGUGCUCCCACGGCACGGUUCACUGUGCUCUUCUCCCACGGGAACGCUGUCGAUCUGGGGCAGAUGAGCAGUUUUUACAUCGGCCUGGGGACGCGCAUCAACUGCAACAUCUUCUCCUACGACUACUCGGGCUACGGCGUGAGCACGGGAAAACCGUCUGAGAAGAACCUGUACGCGGACAUCGACGCGGCGUGGCAGGCUCUACGCACGCGAUACGGUAUCAGCCCUGAGAACAUCAUCCUGUACGGCCAGAGCAUCGGCACGGUGCCCACGGUGGACCUGGCGUCCCGCUACGAGUGUGCCGCCGUCAUCCUGCACUCUCCGCUCACCUCAGGCAUGAGGGUUGCGUUCCCCGACACCAAGAAGACCUACUGCUUCGACGCUUUCCCCAACAUAGAGAAGGUGUCGAAGAUCACAUCUCCAGUGUUGAUCAUCCACGGGACGGAGGACGAGGUGAUCGAUUUCUCUCACGGCCUGGCUCUGUACGAGCGCUGUCCCAAAGCCGUGGAGCCGCUGUGGGUGGAGGGGGCGGGGCACAACGACAUUGAGCUCUACACCCAGUACCUGGAGCGUCUGCGCAGGUUCAUCGGCCAAGAACUGGCAACCCAGCACACCUGAGGACUCCCCCCUCCUCCCCUCUCUCUCUCUCUCUCUCUCUCUCUCUCUCUCUCUCUCUGUGUGACCCGUUUACACUUCCUGUUUCACGCAUCUCUAGAAUCCACCUUAAACAGAUUUAAACCCAACUCCAGAACGAUUUCUGUGCUCCCUGACUCCCCCCCCAUUACACAAUAGUGAUGCAUCAUCAGUGUACAUCUUUAAUUUUUUAAUUAAUUUAUUUAUUCUCAGUAGAUGAUGAUAUCCAGAAUAAACCACUGAGUGCUCAGAGAAACAUCGCUACCUCGACAGAAAGAGCUAAAUAACGUUUGUCAUGACAGAUCUAUAAAAAAAAAGUUUAAAAAUAUAUUAAUUAAUUAUAUUUAUUUUUGUCAUUUAUUGAAUGUUUUAUCUUUGUGUAGUUAAUGAUAUAAAAAUGAAUAGUAAUAGAUAUAUUAGUAAAUUUCAUUAUUAUGGUGAGUCAAAUGAGGAUUUUAAAACCUGUGACAGAUGAAGUUUUUUUGUUGGCACCCGUUUGGAUUAAACGAUGAUUCGCCCUCAUGGAAUUAAUACAAUUCAGGAAAUCAGGAAAAACUCUGUGUUCUUAAUGAUUAACAAAAAAAAUCCCCCUCAUUUUCAUGUAAUUCUUCACGUGAUGCUCAGAUUAACGUUCUCUGCUCCGUAAUAGUUUGACUUCUGAGUCUACGGAAUGCAAAAUGGCCAAAAUCAAACGGCGCCACUUUCUGCUCAUUAUUUGCUCUUUAGUGUUGCAUUACCAAGGCAAUAAAAUUAAAAAGAAAACCCCACCAGAAGGUUUGUGGAGUGUUAUUAGCUGUGCUCAGAAAUCAGAUUUCACCCCGGUGACGCAGAGGUGUGGCGUGUGAUUUUUACGCCUCGUUGCUGCCUGUAAGACGGAUUACAGUCAGAACAUAAACAUUGACAAGACUUCUGCUUUUCCCUUCCCGCGUCCAUCCGUUCUUCUGCCUCUCUUAAAACUCCGACUUUCCUUUUAUGGAAAAAUGGGCGGAGCUGAGCACGUCAGCACUUUGUUUUGGCUGGAGAACAGAUGCUGCGUUCAGUUUAACUCUGAAGUGGGAAAUCUGAACUGUAAAAUGGGUGAAAAAUGUUUGUUAGCAUUAAGGUAAAUAAUCAGGAGUUGAUGAUGGUUCUUGUUUUCUUCUCAAAAAACUGUACAGUCAGUGUUCUAGAUUUAACCAGCUAACCGUCUGUGUUGAUUUGAUCGAAAGUAAAUACUCCUGGAAGCUCUUUUGUUUACUGCUGUAUGUUUUGUUUACUGUCAGAGGCUGGAAGUUUCCUAGUUUUACAUGAACGCAGCAUAAUUUCUGGGCCGGAAACUUUUAAAAACGAGAGAGAGAGAGCAGAAAUGAAGAGCAGUACUGUAAACCAUAUUUGUGUUUAGGACUUUUUUUUUUUUUGGGUUAUUUUACACUUUACCGGACUGCUGAAACUUGGGUUAACCCUCCUCUUAACCUUAACCCUAGAUUUCUGAAUAUGUGGUAUGGUAAACUGUAAAGUAUCUUUUUUUUUUUUUUUUUUUUU